GGCGGCGGCGGAGGACUGCGCGGCGGGGCCCGCACGUGGAGGCCGGCGCGGGGGCGCGGGCAGGGCCGGCUGCUGAGACGCGCUGCUGCCCCCCGCGCGGGCGCCGCGGCUUCAAUGGCGCCAUCGCCCAGGACCGGCAGCCGGCAAGAUGCGACCGCCCUGCCCAGCAUGUCCUCAACUUUCUGGGCGUUCAUGAUCCUGGCCAGUCUGCUCAUCGCCUACUGCAGUCAGCUGGCCGCCGGCACCUGUGAGAUUGUGACCCUGGACCGGGACAGCAGCCAGCCUCGGAGGACGAUCGCCCGGCAGACCGCCCGCUGUGCGUGUAGAAAGGGGCAGAUCGCCGGCACCACGAGAGCCCGGCCCGCCUGUGUGGACGCAAGAAUUAUCAAGACCAAGCAGUGGUGUGACAUGCUUCCGUGUCUGGAGGGGGAAGGCUGCGACUUGCUAAUCAACCGGUCAGGCUGGACGUGCACGCAGCCCGGCGGGAGGAUAAAGACCACUACGAGAGCCAUGAUCUUACUCAGGAGGGCCACGCACUCAUCUGGAAGAGGUCAUCUCCAGGCCUACUCUGCAGCUCGAUUCCACAGCGCGUUCCAUCCUGCUUCCUCCAGGCAGCCUUGGUGUGGCCUGUGUGCCCCUGGGGUGGGUGCCUGUCCUCCUCCUCCGCUGCAGCUAAGCUCCCGGGGAACGUGAACUGCGUCUCCUGCCUGAUUUCUCCACGAUUCUUGAUCCCUCUAAAACACAGUGUUUCCCGGACUCUCUUGCCGUCAAAUGCACUUCCGCUCUAUGAACUGCUCAUCUCAUGGGCCUGAGGCUCCACGGAGGGCAGAUGGUUUAACUUGUCAUGGAAAUCAAGGUUGUGCUGUGAGGGCACACCCGGCUGUUGCUGAGGAUGCAAAAGAGAACCGAACACACCCUGGGCCCCCCUGUGGGGUCGGGGGAGAAAGGUCGGGGCCAAGGGUUGUGCCAGGGGCUGGGACUCUAGGCUGAGGCCACUGAGGCAGGCCCUGAAGGUCGGCUCCUCCUUGCCUGAGCCUGAGGCCACAGAGGCAGGCCCUGAAGGUUGACUCCUCCUCUCCUCAGCAGCUGAGGCUACUGAGGCAGGCCCUGAAGGUCAGCUCCUCCUGCCUGAGCAGCUGAGGCCACUGAGGCAGGCCCUGAAGGUCGGCUCCUCCCGCCUGAGCCUGAGGCCACUGAGGCAGGCCCUGAAGGUCGACUCCUCCUUGCCUCAGCAGCUGAGGCCACUGAGGCAGGCCCUGAAGGUCGGUCCCUCCUCGCCUCAGCAGCAGGAGCCACCAAGUGGCACAUUUCUCUUCAGGGGAAAUUUGCCAAUGUGUUUUGAAUGACCGUCCAAACUGUGCGCCCAGAAGCCAGCUGACAUAAUGAAAAUGCUCUUUUGUUGGAAGUCAUUUUUCCAUGCAGGUAUGUGUAUAAAAUGUGUACUUGAGAUGGAAAAACAGAUGGCUUAACUAUCUCUAAUCUCGUAGAGGGGUCACCUGUUACCAGGCCAUUCGUCAUUUCAGCCAAAAUUUCCACCAUAACGGCGUGCCCCGGAAUCAGGGGGCUGUGCCACCUCCACAUCACCCGUGUGUCUGGGCGAUCUUCCUCCAGCAGCGGCGGGAGCACACGCCCUGUGCCGGGGGCUUCCUGCUGGUGUGGAUUAAACGGCUCUCAAGGGUCCAUGUACUGGUGUUGUUUUGUCAAGAUGUGGCUUUUAUUUUUAAAGACGCAGUCUCACCCUGGGUUCUCAGCGUGAGGGGGCGAGCUGGUGCCCUCCCGUGGUCGAGCCAGUCUGCAGCCCCCAGCUCUCUCUCCAGGGACCUGAGAUCCCUCUGGGGGUGUCUUAUUCUGAGCAGGGCUCCCGGGAAGCACGAGGUGCUCAGAAGGGAGGGCCGUGUUGAAUGCUGGAGUUUGAGGAGCGAUGGAGGCGGUGAGCAGAUGCCUGCCCCGCUGUUCAUUUUCUUACUUGGCACACGUUUACUGGAACUCUAAGAGGUGGCCAUCCCCCUGCCCUCCUCCAGCUGGGCAUCCACCCCAACACCCCAGGAAGCAGCUCUGGUCUGGUUGCCUGUUGGGUCUCUACACACCCCCCGCCAGCCUUCCCGCUGUCAGUCCUGUUCCUCUUGGGCUCCUGUGAGGCCAAGUCCUCCUGUCCCCCACCCACCACCCUGCUGCCCCUCCCAGCUGCUUCCCUGGAUGCUACUGGGAAGGCUCGAGUUCACCUUCCUCUGCCUCUCUGGCCCCGCGUGGCCUCCCCGCCCCGGCUGUGCACAUGCACCUGCUCCCUGGGGGCCUCAGGCUCUUCCUGGUCUGGAGAGCCCUGGAGGUCCCCACGGCAGAAACAUAACACAGAACAAAGGCUCCAAAGCCACAGCUUCAGCCUCUGCAGAGCUCAGGGCCUGAUAAAGUCCAGGAGGCUAGGCUGGUCCAGCCCCUCCCUGGCUCCCUGAGAAGCGGCUGUGGGGCUUCUGUGGUCUCGUCCCUGGCUUUGCCCAGGUCCACCUUGUUCGUUUCACUGAGGAACACGGCUGUCGUGUAAGGCACUGGGGAAAUUAACAUAAGCCUCCAGGCAUCCAAGACAGUGUGUGCCACCGAGGCCACGGGGUACAAGUCAGGCCCCUGUCUCUCCUUCCUCCCCAUGGCAGGGACACCCGGAGCUCAGUCCUAGGGGCUCGGAGCUCUGGGGCCUGAUGCUCCAUCCCCAUCCCCCCCUCGCUUCCUCCCUCCUUCCUCCCCAUGGCAGGGACACCCGGAGCUCAGUCCCAGGUGCUCUGAGAUCUGGAACCUGAUGCUCCAUCCCCAUCCCCCCAUCGCUUCCUCCCUCCUUCCUCCCCAUGGCGGGGAUGCUCAGAGCUCAGCCCUGGGUGCUCUGAGAUCUGGAACCUGAUGCUGCAUCCCCAUCCCCCGCAUCGCUUCCUCCUCCAGCAACGCAGGGUAAACAUUUCCCGAGCCCCUUCACUCAUGGAGCCCUCUCCUCACAAAGGGCUCACAUCCAGAGCAGGGCAAAUGCCAGGUUCAUCCAGCAGGGAGCCUCAGUGGGGGAAGGGAAACACCAGGUGGGCAGUGGGCAGAGCAGCCUCCAGGCCAGUGAAUUCAGCACGUGCUUCCUACCCAAAUAUACACAUGAUAAAUAAUUUACUUACUUCUUGUUUGUCUUGCUUGUCUUCUGCUAGAAUAUUAGCUCCAUGAAGGCAGGGAUUCCCUCCCUCCCUCCCGCCCUCCCUCCUUCCUUCCUUUCCACUAUUACAUUCCAAGCAUCUUGUACAGUGUCUGGCAUAUGGUGUGUUUUCAAGACUUAAGCAAAUGAAUGAAUCAACACAGGUGUUGGCCAGUUGUCAAAGGCUGCUUCUUCUCUCUCACCUG